UCAACAAGGGUAAUAACAAGGAUUUAAUAUUUGAACUAAUUUGAGGAAAAUACGUGUUAUCGGGUUUAUCAUGGAGUAUGUGGUUGUAAAUGCGUCAAGUUUUAAUGAAAUUUGCCGUGUUUGUAUGAAAAAUUCGGAUAAUUUUCUGUCAAUAUCUGAAUUAAAGAUAAUAGAUAUGAUGAUAUCGUGUACAUCAGUACAUAUUGAACAAAAUGAUGAUUUACCAAAACAAAUUUGUAACGCGUGUUAUAAUCAAUUAGAAAAUGCAUUUAAUUUCAAACAAUUAUGUGAACACUCUGACAAUACAUUUCGUCAAAUAAUAGAACAAUGUCAAGUAAUAAAAAUUGAAGUUGAAGAAAAUGAAAAUGUUAAAUUAGAAGAUAAUGAACAUGAAAAUAUUAAACUAGAAGGUAAAGAAUUCGAAAAUAAUGAAAUAAUAAUAAAACCAGAAAUUGUACAAGAAUUCGAAGACGAAGAAGAGUUCCAAUGUGUUAAUAAAACUUCAAGCACAAUAGAAAAUUUUGUUACCAAAUCAUUAGACAAUCCUAUUACAGUACAAAAUUUAUCAAAUAAUUGUGAAUAUAAUGUUUUUAAUUCACACUUUAUGGAUACAAAUGAAAAAGAAAAAACUGUAGGUAAUCAAUAUCAAAAUGAAAACACAAAAAUUAAAGAUAAUCAAUAUGUAUGUGAGUUAUGUAAUAGUAAAUUUGAUAAAGUAUGGUAUUUAGGAUAUCAUAUGCGACGUGCACACGGUGCUACAGGAAUACGUUGCAGUCAUUGUGCAUUAGUAUGUUAUCAUCCGUUACAUUUAAUAACUCAUGUAAACUCACAUGUUCCACCAACUCCAUCGGUUAAACAAAAAUACAAAUGUGAUACAUGUAAACAAUUAUUUAAUACUGUAAUACAAUUAACAAAACAUCAGAGAACGCAUAAGAAAUCUUAUCCAUGCAGAGUCUGUGAUGAUAAAUUUGAUAAUAAACCAGCAUUAAAUUUACAUACAAAAAUUUUACAUAAUGUAUUGAAUAGAGAAGAAAAUCAAUCGUACUAUCAAUGUACAAUUUGUAAUGAAGAAUUUGAAUAUAAAGCAUCAUUGAAUUUGCAUGUUCAAGUUAUACAUCUUAACAAAGAGUCAAUUCAAAAGGAAGCAACACCCAAAGCUAAAAAGUGGUUUAAAUGUUGUGAUUGUAGUCGGAAAUUUUCGAAACAUAUACAUUUACGAAAACAUAUGAAAAAGGAUCAUUCAAAUUGGAAUCGACGCGAAACUUCUUAAAUUUAAACAGCAUUAAUGGUAUUAUUUAAUACACAGUAGAGCUUGGACAAUCGCUGGAGUUUCAUAAUAUCAGUAUAAGCUAUUAAAGUUUAAAAACGGGUUUUUAAAUAUUUUUCAA